AUGGGGACGCGGGGCGGCGGCGGGACCGUCGUGGCGCCGCCGCCGAAGAAGGCGCCGAAGAAGCAGGACGCCGCCUUCGAGGCCGCGCGCGCGGCGCAGAAGGAGCGUUUGGCGAACAUGAAGGAGUUCGGGACGACGAUGGAGGGCGUCGACGUGCAGCAGCAGCGCGACAAGCGGCUCAACUACCUCAUGGCCCAGUCCGAGGUCUUCAGCCACUUCAUGGAGGAGAACUCCGACGGCGGCUUCAAGCGCGCCAAGGCCAAGGCCGGGCGGACGCGGAUGACGGAGUCGGCCGAGGACGCGAAUUUGAUGAAGACGGCCCAGUCGAAGCUCCGCGUGACGCGCGUCCAGACGCAGCCGAGCAUCAUCACGGCGAAGAUGCGGCCCUACCAGCUCGAGGGGUUGAACUGGCUCGUGAAGCUGCACGACAACGGCAUCAACGGCAUUUUAGCCGACGAGAUGGGCCUCGGCAAGACGCUCCAGUCCAUCUCGCUAUUGGCCUACCUCCACGAGACGCGGGGCAUCACGGGCCCCCACAUCUGCAUCGUGCCCAAGAGCGUGACGAACAACUGGAUGCGCGAGCUCCGGAAGUGGUGCCCGACGCUCCGGCCCGUGAAGCUCCUAGGGUCCAAAGACGAGCGCGCGCGCGUGCUCCGCGAGGACCUGCGCCCGGGCACCUUCGACGUCCUCGUGACGUCCUACGAGGGCAUCCUCAAGGAGAAGGCGGGCCUCAUGAAGAUCCAGUGGCAGUACCUCCUCAUCGACGAGGCGCACCGCAUCAAGAACCCGAAUUCGUCGUUGUCGAAGAUCGUGCGCCUCAUCCCGACGCAGUUCCGCCUCCUCAUCACGGGCACGCCCCUCCAGAACAACCUCAACGAGCUCUGGGCGCUGCUCAACUUCCUCCUGCCCGACAUCUUCGCGUCCGAGGCCGACUUCGAGACGUGGUUCAGUCUGGGCGACGCGGACGCGAAGGACAACGUCGUCAAGAAAUUACAUACCGUGCUCCGGCCCUUCAUGCUCCGGCGCAUCAAGAAGGACGUCGAGAAGGACCUGCCCCCGAAGCGCGAGGUCAAGCUCUACAUCGGCAUGACGGAGAUGCAGCGCCUCUGGUACACGAAGAUCCUCUCCAAGGACGCGCACACGCUCAACGCGCUCGGCGGGCCGGACCGCGUCCAGCUCCUCAACAUCCUCAUGCAGCUCCGCAAGGUCUGCAACCACCCCUACCUCUUCGAGGGCGCCGAGCCCGGCCCGCCCUUCAUGGACGGCCCCCACCUCUGGGAGAACACGGGCAAGCUCGUGCUCAUGUCCAAGCUGCUCCCGAAACUCAUGGCGCAGGACUCGCGCGUCCUGAUCUUCUCCCAGAUGACGCGCAUGCUCGACAUCCUCGAGGACUACAUGCGCCUCAACCAGUACAAGUACUGCCGCAUCGACGGCUCCACGUCCGGCGACGACCGCGACUCGCAGAUGGACGUCUUCAACGCGCCCGGCUCCGAGAAGUUCGCGUUCCUGUUGUCGACGCGGGCCGGCGGCCUGGGCAUCAACCUGGCGACGGCGGACAUCGUCGUGCUCUACGACAGCGACUGGAACCCGCAGGUGGACCUGCAGGCCAUGGACCGCGCGCACCGCAUCGGCCAGACGAAGCCCGUGACCGUCUUCCGCUUCGUCACCGAGGGCACGGUCGAGGAGAAGAUCAUCGAGCGCGCGGACCGCAAGCUCUUCCUCGACGCGGCCGUCAUCCAGCAGGGCCGCCUCGCGGAGCAGAACGCGGCCCUGGGCAAGAACGACCUCAUGGCCAUGGUCCGCUUCGGCGCCGACGAGAUCUUCGCGUCGAAAGCCAAGACCAUCACGGACGAGGACAUCGACACGCUCCUCAAGCGCGGCGAGGAGCGGACCCAGGAGCAGGCGUCGAAGAUCCAGUCCGACGUCCAGCACAACCUCGCCAACUUCUCGCUGACGACGAUGGAGGAGCCCGAGGGGUCGCUCUUCAACUUCGAGGGCGAGAACUACAAGGGCGCCAAGGGCGGCGGCGGCCUCAUGAUCAACCUGCCCCAGCGCGAGCGCAAGCGCAACUACGACGUCGACGAGUACUUCCGCGACGCGCUGCGCCAGGGCGACAAGCCCGCGGUCGCGCGCGAGCCGCGCAAACGGCGGGGCCCGCCGAUGCACGACUUCCAGUUCUUCAACCGCGCGGAGUUGGAGGUGCUCCUGGCGAAGGAGGACGAGCUCGCGGGCAAGAAGCACGAGGCCCGCGCGGACGAGAUGGAGGCCACCCUGGAGACGGCCUACGAGCUGCCCGUGAAGGAGGCCGUGCGCAAGGAGCGCCUCCUGAAGGAGGGCUUCGGGGACUGGACGCGCAAGGACCUGCGCGCCUUCCUCAACGCCAUGGAGCGCCACGGCCGCGGCGACGUCGACGCCGUCGCGCGCGAGACCGCGAACGAGACGGGCAAGACGGACGCGGACGUGCGGCGCUACCACGCGACCUUCUGGAAGAAGCACAAGGACAUCGCCGACUGGGAGCGCCUCGUGGACAAGGUCGAGAAGGGCGAGAAGCGCCUCCAGCGGUCCCAGGAGAUCCGGUCCGCGCUCGCCGACAAGGUCGCGCGCCACCCCAAGCCCUGGGAGUGCCUCCCCAUCAACUACGGCGCGUCCCGCGGCAAGGUCUGGACCGAGGAGGAGGACGCCUUCCUCGUCAACAUGAUGCACACCUACGGCUACGGCAACUGGGAGCGCAUCCGCGUCGAGAUCCGCAACGCGUGGCAGUUCAACUUCGACUGGUUCUUCAAGAGCCGCAACGCGCAGGAGCUCAACCGCCGCGCGGACUUACUGAUUCGCCUCGUGGAGAAGGAGAACGAGGACCACCGCAAGGACGCGCCCGGCGCCGCGCCGGCCGGCGACGCCGCGCCGGCCCCCGCGAAGAAGGGCCGGAAGCCCGCGGGCCGCCCGAAGAAGCGCGCGGCCGAGGCCGCGACGGGCGAGUCGCCCGACGCCAAGCAGGCCAAGCAGGAGGGCGGCGACGCGCCCAUGGCCGACGCCGCGUGA